CUGGCCAGAGCAGCCAGCAGCGGCGGCGGCGGCGGCGUUUGAGUGGAGGAAGAUGGCGGCUCCGGGCGGCUCGGGGUCCCGCCGGCUGUGAGGAGCCUGAGUGCGGCAAGCGCGGCCUGAGGCGGAACGCCUCCGCUCCGGCCCUGUCCCGGGCUCCCUCGUCGCCGUCGCCAGCGGAGCGAACCGGAGAGCGUGGCGCGGGCUGGGCCAGCUGUUGAGUGGAAUGUCAUGGCCAACUCCUCGGACAGUGAAGAUGACAGUUUUAUGGCCGUGGACCAAGAAGAAACUGUGCUGGAAGGGACAAUGGAGCAAGACGAGGAGCCCCACCCAGCGCUGGAGAUUGCGGAGACGAGACACAAUAGGCCCAUGUCCGAGUUGCCGGAGGAGGUUUUGGAGUAUAUCCUGUCCUUUCUUUCGCCGUACCAGGAGCACAAAACUGCAGCCCUCGUCUGCAGACAGUGGUAUCGACUCAUCAAAGGUGUCGCCCACCAGUGUUACCAUGGCUUCAUAAAGGCUGUCCAGGAAGGAAACAUUCAGUGGGAGAGCCGGACUUACCCGUAUCCUGGAACCCCAAUCACCCAGCGGUUCUCACACAGUGCAUGCUAUUAUGAUGCUAAUCAAUCUAUGUACGUAUUUGGAGGCUGUACCCAGAGCAGCUGCAAUGCUGCUUUCAAUGACCUCUGGAGACUUGACCUAAACAGCAAAGAGUGGAUCCGACCUUUGGCUUCAGGGUCCUAUCCUUCCCCUAAAGCUGGAGCGACUCUGGUUGUAUACAAGGACCUGCUGGUGCUGUUCGGCGGCUGGACGCGGCCAAGCCCUUACCCCCUUCACCAGCCAGAGAGAUUCUUUGAUGAGAUACACACGUACUCACCCUCCAAAAACUGGUGGAACUGCAUUGUGACAACCCAUGGGCCACCUCCCAUGGCUGGCCACUCCUCCUGUGUGAUAGAUGAUAAAAUGAUUGUCUUUGGUGGCUCCUUAGGAUCCCGGCAAAUGAGCAACGAUGUCUGGGUCCUUGACCUCGAGCAGUGGGCGUGGUCCAAGCCGAACAUCUCCGGGCCCAGUCCUCAUCCUCGAGGUGGCCAAUCUCAGAUUGUCAUAGAUGAUGCAACUAUCUUAAUCCUUGGAGGGUGUGGCGGGCCCAAUGCUCUCUUCAAGGAUGCGUGGUUGUUGCACAUGCGCUCAGGCCCCUGGGCCUGGCAGCCUCUCAAGGUAGAAAGUGAAGACCACGGGGCUCCAGAACUGUGGUGCCAUCCAGCUUGCCGGGUGGGGCAGUGUGUGGUGGUCUUCAGCCAGGCUCCUAGUGGGAGAGCCCCCCUCAGCCCGAGUUUGAACUCUCGCCCAUCACCUAUCAGUGCCACUCCUCCAGCCCUGGUUCCUGAAACCCGAGAGUACCGCUCUCAGUCUCCAGUAAGGAGUAUGGAUGAAGCUCCCUGUGUUAAUGGCCGCUGGGGAACACUGAGGCCCAGAGCUCAGAGGCAGACCCCCUCAAGCUCCCGGGAAGGGAGCCUUUCCCCAGCCAGAGGAGAUGGCUCUCCCAUCCUCAACGGUGGGAGCUUGUCUCCAGGAACAGCAGCUAUUGGUGGCUCUUCCUUGGACAGCCCUGUGCAGGCCGUAUCUCCUAGCACUCCAUCCACCACUGAAGGAUAUGACCUCAAAAUGGGACUUUCUUUGGCCCCCCGGCGAGGGUCACUACCAGAUCAGAAAGAUCUGCGGUUAGGAUCAAUAGAUCUGAAUUGGGAUCUGAAGCCCACUUCGAGUAGCAAUCAAAUGGAUGGUGUAGACAACAGGACAGUUGGGGGAAGCAUGAGACACCCUCCUGAACAGACGAAUGGUGUGCAUACCCCACCACACGUGGCCGGUGCCCUUGCAGGAGCUGUCUCCCCAGGAGCCCUGCGUCGGAGCCUGGAAGCCAUCAAAGCAAUGUCAUCCAAAGGCCCCUCAGCCUCCGCAGCACUAAGUCCUCCUCUAGGGUCUUCUCCAGGCUCCCCUGGGAGCCAGAACCUGAGCAGUGGAGAAACAGUGCCCGUCCCCCGGCCAGGGCCUGCCCAAGGGGAUGGACAUUCCUUACCUCCCAUCGCCCGCCGCCUGGGCCACCACCCUCCGCAGUCCUUAAAUGUUGGCAAACCUUUGUACCAGAGUAUGAACUGCAAGCCCAUGCAGAUGUACGUGCUAGACAUUAAAGACACCAAGGAGAAGGGGCGGGUCAGGUGGAAAGUAUUUAAUAGCAGUUCUGUGGUCGGACCUCCUGAAACCAGCCUGCACACAGUGGUACAAGGCAGGGGUGAGCUCAUCAUAUUUGGAGGACUCAUGGACAAGAAACAGAAUGUGAAGUACUAUCCAAAAACAAACGCCUUGUACUUUGUGCGAGCAAAGAGAUAAUAUGUUCUAACUCCCUUCCCUUUCUGUGGCUUUUAAUUUCCAGUGUGCAAGCAUUUGGACUGAGAAAUGGGAAAACAAAGGACAGAAUUAUCCCAUAAACCAAACCCCCAGUUCCCCACCUCACUCACAGCAGGCUGGGGUCAAGCCUCCAUUACGAAAAAAAUUAUAUAUAAAUGUAUAAAUAUAUAUUAUAUAGCCAGCUCUGUUUACAGAGAGGGAGAGGUCUCCGUCCUGAUUCAGAUCAGAUUGUUGCUGUGUUUUAGCAGAGGCUCGGCUGCCUUUUCCUACAUUGCUGGUAACUAGACCAAGAAUUUAGGGAACAGACUAAUGUCAGAACUUACCUAAGGCAACCGAAGAGCCCCCGUAAGUCCUCACGUGGCCUUCUCGGAGUCAGAGAAAGAACGAGCGUGUGUGAGGUGCGCAGGUGGAGGCUCCAGACCCUCGGGCUCCAGGAGCUGGCAGGGUGAAAGGAGCUCGUAGGGAACUGUACCUCCCUUCCCUUGAAAACCACAGAGGACCCCGAGUGCUAAUGCCCUCGUGACUGAGCAAAGUUACCCAGCCGGGAAGUCCGUUCCACGUGUGUGUGCCAGGAUCACCGUGGGACCAUGUUUAUGCAGACACGCCUGUCCACCUAAGUGUCCACUGGGCUUUUGCGCACUCCCUCUGUGUCUCAGAAAAAACGUUUUGGUGUCCGAUUUGGGGAUUUUCUGACAAUCGUAUUUGAUUGCAAGUUGCCAAAAACCACAUUUGUUCCCUUAAAACUUGAUCCUCAGAGGCUGCCUUUUUCUUUGGGGGGGGGGAGGGCUUAUGUGGAUUUUUUUUUUUUUUAAAGCCCUCAAAGCCUUCUCAUUUUCUGUUCCUUUUACAAAGCUAAGGUGCCCAGGGAAGUCUCUUAGAGAUAUUUCUGGAACCUUUUCUCUGGUAUCGAUUAGGAGGCUGAUAAGGAAUUCCAAGAUGCCAGUAUCAUGAGAAAUCCUCAAAGCAUUGAAUACUGUUUUUUCCUUUUCGGCUCCUUUUUACUCCCAAAGCACAUCAGGCCCACCUGUCCGUGUUCAUACAAUGUGGAAAUUGGUCCUGGAAGGAAAUCCUAGUAAUAGUUCCUUCUAGAAGCGAUGUUUGCCCUUGUGAUGCUAUGCAUUGUUCUGCCUGGCUGUUGAGUAGUGAUUGGGUUCAGCGUCAUGUGCUUAGUCUCUUUGAUGCAAGGCUGGCCUCAGGAGCAGCCCCUUCUUUGUGAUUGUGUUCACGUGUGGCACAAAUAAGGUUUGGGAUUUUAUUUCAUGCCAUUUCUGAGAUAAAGUACAACCCACUGGAGCACUUCCUUGGUUGACACAGGAAGUUACAAGUUAACCAAUCUUAUUGGAAGUUACCAAUCUCUAAACCACAGGCUGGAUGUAAGAGAGGUUAAAAUAAAGUCAAAUGUCACCACAUAAAUGUGGAUUUUUGGUGAUUUCUCAUCAGUGGAAAGAGGAUUUUUACUUUGUCUUUAGAAUUUGGAUCUCAAAGCAGUGCAUUUCCCACCUUUCACACUCCCCUUUUUCUCGUUAGUGUUUCCCAAGCACAGGCCUGCUACGGCUGGCCCUGGGUCCUGGCUCUCGGCCAGCACUUCGCAGCCUGUCUGAUAAGUGUGUUUUCUCCUAUUACAUCAUGUUGAAUUCUUUCCCCCAGCCGUUAGCUUUUACAGCCUGGCCUUGGUGGGAAAGCCCCUGUGGUGCCAAGCCCAGGAAGGGGCCAGCUCACAGGGAGGACUGUGUUCCAGAAACUUCCACGUGCUCCCUUAGAUGAGGAAACUCCCGCGCCUUCUUGCCAUGGCAUCCACCUGCUCCCAGCUCAGCACGUAGCUUUCCAGACACCUUGCAAGCUCUCGGGCUGUAGCCAGUCCUUCCCUGGCAGAGGCUGUCAGAUCGUGUGGGGUCCUUGUCCUUGAGAGAGAGCCGGCCUGUAAGAUGAGACACUCCAUGAUUGCUCUUGCUGGACCUUGUUCAUGACAUUGCGCUUGUGCAUGAACAGCAUCUCCAGACUCAGUUCCGGUUUAAAUGUAAAGUAUUUGGAAGCUUCAAAGUUCAGAUUCUCAACCUUGUGAUCAUUCCCUUUGUCCCGUGGCCUCCCUCAGCCAACUGUUAGCUUGUGGAUCCCCUCCGUUUUCCCCACACAGGGAGGCAGUGGAGGUGACGAUGCUCCUUGAAGGUCACCGGCUCCUCGGCACUCCACGGCGUCCAGUAUUACCUGCACCGCUCCGAACCCGACUGUGCACAGCUCCCGAAGGAAACUCUGCCUCGUGUGCACCCGGUGGUGAUGGGCUUGGUGGCUCCUGGGGGCUGUGGGCAGACACCGUAGGAGAGCGACAGCACAGUGGAGGUGCGGCCGCACGAGCGGUGGAGCUCUAGGCGUCUCGGCUGCGGACAGCUCCCGCGGCACCACCGGGGCUGCGUCCGUCAGGCCACGUCUAACCACAGCUCUGGCUUUGACAUGACGCCAGUUUUGUCUUAAAAUUCAUGGAGAAAAAGGAGACAAUUUCUCAAGCCUUCAGGACCACCUAAAUUAGCAAGUAUUUAUCAGUAUUUAAGUAUUUAAAACACGUUUUGUUUCUACUUGAAGCUUUAACCCCUUCCGUUCCUGCAAGUGUGCCUUUGAGAGCCCCGCGCCCUGUCCGCCUCGUCGGCCACCCCAUUGAGACUCUCGUGAGAGUCUUGGUGUCCUCCUGCCCUCUCGGACAGAGCUUCCGUUUCCGCACUUCGCAGGCUGGGCAGCGGCGAGGGUUCUGUGUUUGCGUUCACAUUUCUGCUAACGUGGGUGGUGGGCUGCACAAACACCCCCACUCCCCCUCUCCGACUUCUGUACUUGAGGAGCACGAAUCAGGUGUCGAAACAAGCUUAAAUUUAGUUGUAAUGCUGGGCUCACGCUCCUCCCAGCCUUCUACGGAUUGAUCUGAUCCUAAUGUGAGUUCUGUAUCAAGAGCUAAAACCAUGAACUAUCCUAGGAACUGUGUUGGAACUCUUGAGAGAAAUGAAGAAGAGGAGAACGAAAGAAAACCAACUUGAGAAGUCUUGACUUUGGAGAACAGAACGCCACCACCUGAUGGAGAACAGAGGGCUACUUCCUGUCCUCUAACUUUUUCUGUUUCCUUCUGCUUUGCUUCUUUCCUCCCCCUUAAAAGUGAUGUUCUCGGGUUUGUCUGUCUGUCCUUGUCCUUGUGGUGAUCCUGGCAUGGUGAUGUGCUCUGCUUUGCGUUGUCUGUGCUCUCUUACCAGUGCACAAGUCCGUGGGGAUAAUCUGAAUUCUCCGAGGGGCAAGGAAGCCGAACUUUGAGGCCUGUGUCUCGUGCAGCCUCCCCACAAAGUGCAGAAGGCAUGUGUGCACGGUCACCAGUAAGUGUCUCCCUCUCACUGUGUCCUUGUCAAAUGAGGGCAGCCGCAGGUGUCAGCUCCACCCCUGCUCUCUUGCCUCGCUCUGCUCCCUCCCCACCAACCAGGGUUACUGUCAGUGCACACCCCUCGUGCCCUGGCGAAGCUGGUGCUGUGAGUGAUGUUUCCGGGGUCCCAGGUGGCUCCCCCCAGGAUGGUCGUCUUAGGCACGUAACAGUGUAGGAAUGACAAGUGGACUUCACUAAUAUUUAAAUCUCUGUCGAUUUCAUUUUUUGUUAAGGUUUUCCCUGAUGACUUUUUAGCAAUUUAACAAAUAAAACAAAAUGGACAGAA